GGGUACCACUCUGGCAGAUGUCAAAAGUGUCAAAACUUAUUUACACCGUGGCAAAAAUAUUCACGUUCUCCUGCAAAUUUCGCGUGGAUUUUUGUCCUUUUUAUGCCCCCUGCAAUGGUUAUUCUCUGAAGAUUUGAUCUAGCACAUUGUUAUCUCAGUUGGGCAAUUGAUAGUUGGUGCAAGUGAUAAGAGUUUGAGCGGUAAAAUGGGAGCCAGUGUGAGUCGGCAGGAUGAUUUCUCGAAAAAUGAUUUCCUCACAAAAUUCGUGGGGAAGGAUCAUGUUCCUGUGGAGGAUUCAAUGUUCUGGGAGAGUUUCCUCAAGUUUCACAUUGCAUUCCCCACAAACAGUCAGGAACAGCUGAGCCUGGACUCUCGUCUAGAGUCCACGUGUCAGAGUUUUAUCAGUCACAAUUUGCACACGGGAAAUCUGGGAUCAUUGAUUUCAGUCUUCCUGAGUAAAGUCACGGAGUUACUGGCUCUGUCGGAUCAGGAGAGUACUCUUCAUGUCUGGCAGUCCUUCAAUGCUCUGUUCAUCAUUCGAUGCCUGGUGAAGUAUAUCGUAGAGACGGGAUCUGAGUACCAGCUUCUGCAGCACUUUGAGGCAGUGCCAAUGAGCAAGAAGGAAUCUCUGGCAAAGGCGGAGGAGGCUGUGGCAAUUGAAGGCAGUUCAGCGGAAGAAACUGUUACUGUGGAUGGAUCCAAGUUUGAAUCCUUCCUCGAGGCAAUUGUUAAUAUUAUCGUUGUUAUUCCCGUGAAGGAUUUCACUUAUCAUUUGCAUCUUGAGGCCGUCAACAAUUUGAUCACGCUUCUCUCCGUUCAUCUCUAUUCUUCCCAGUCCACGGAAAAAUCCACAAUUUACAGGGCAAUUUACAAGUGUCAGCAUGGAAAUACUUUGAUGAGCGCUCUUUUGCAUUUCGUGAGUCGAAAAACGCAGAUUCCUCAGUCAAUGUUUGGCUUCAGUUCCGGGGGAUCUUUUGUAUUUGGCAUUGCUGAAUCUCUGUGGUCCAUGUUGACUUUUCGGAAGUCCCAGGAUGUCCUGGCCACUACGGACUUGGCCAAUACAUUCAGGGAACAAUUUCCACUGGCAAAUCAGAGUCUUCUGCUGAUCCUCAUCCUCACAAAUCACCACACAUCCAAGGAGAACCUAUACCGAUACAGUCUCUUCAACUGCGCCAAUGCUUCAGAAGCUGAUCAGUCCAAGGAACCAAUAAGUUUCAAAAUUGACUUUUCCAUCUUGUACAACACCCUCUGCCAAAUAAUCACGAUAGAUCAGGCUACAUUGUUGCUGUACUUGCUGCUGCACCGUAAUCAGCGAUUCUACAAGUUUGUAAUGGCUCAACCGGAUUUACAAAAUCUCGUGAUACCUAUCCUGCAAACCCUUUACCAUGCUCCGGACAGCACUUCGCAUCAUAUCUACAUGUCACUGAUAAUUCUGCUAAUUCUGAGCGAAGAUGACGGAUUCAACAAGAGUGUCCAUCAAAUUAUGCUCAAAACUAUCAGUUGGUACACGGAGCGUUCAAUUUCGGAAAUUUCGCUGGGAGGGCUGCUCGUGCUCGUGGUAAUUCGCACCAUUCAGUACAACAUGCUGAAGAUGCGUGAUAAAUAUUUGCACACAAACUGCUUGGCUGCUCUUGCAAAUAUGUCAGGACAAUUUCGGUAUUUGCAUCCAUAUGUGGCCCAGCGAAUGGUGAGUUUGUUCGAGACGCUGGCUAAGAAGCAUUCACGCCUCGAUAAUUUGCUCAAGCAGCCGGCAAAUGGUGUGAGUCUCGAUGUACAGACGUCAAAGGAGGAAAUGCUACAGGAUCUUGGGGUUCUUGAGGAGGUACUGAGGAUGGUGCUGGAGAUUCUCAAUUCGUGCCUGUCCCAUCAACUUCUCUAUUGUCCCAAUUUGGUCUACACGCUCUUGUACAAGAAGCACGUGUUUGAAAACUUCCGGUCACAUCAUGCCUUUCAGGAUAUCAUCCAGAACAUCGACAUGGUAGUGGGAUUCUUCUCGUCGCGCCUGCAGAGAGUCCAGGAACAGCGUGGAGAAUUGGGCGUCAAUGAGGUUCUCGAAGUCAUUUCCAAGGGUGCUAGUCAGUGGUCCAGUGAUAGACUGAGGAAAUUCCCUGACUUGAAGUUCAAGUAUGUGGAAGAAAAUGAGCCACAGGAAUUCUUCAUUCCGUACGUUUGGACACUGGUCAGUAAAUGUGGCUGUAUUCAUUUUAGCUCCGAGUCCAUGAAAGGCAUUAUCACAGAAACAAUUGUUAAUUGUUAACACGAGAAAGUACAUCUCAAUAUUAUUUUUUUGUUUGUAAAUUUUCGCAUUAGAAAAUGGAUAACAUUUAAAUAAAAAAAAUUGUGAAAAUGAUACUAAAGAAUUUGCAAAAUUCGAGCCAAGAAUUUUAUUAAAAAAAAAAGAGAAUAACUUUUCAAUGGAGGAAUCUUUUUCUAAAUAAAAAAACAAUGUCUGCUAUUUAAAAUGCCAGACAGAGGAUAAUUCCUGCGCUGAGAAAAUUAUAAAAUGAUUUUAUUGGCUUAAAAAAAAUCGCUAUCACGCAAAUAAAAUUGCAAGUCUAAACACCAUCUAAAAAAAAGCAGGAUAGAAUUUUGAAUAUGAUAAUAAUAGAAAUAAAAGCCGAUAUAUUUAGUGGAGAUACUUCAAUAAAUUAUUUUUACUAAAAAAUAAA